AUGAAACUUAGGCUAGAAGGAUAUGCCAUUCUCUUGCUGCCUGUGUACUUGAUAAUAUCUCUGUACAGUAUGCUUGUAUUUAUUCCAUGGUAUUUUCUUACCAAUGCUAAGAAGAAAAAGGCUAUGGCAAAGCGUUUAAAAGCUAAACCCAUCUCGGACAAACCUGGAAGCCCCUACCGUUCUGUCACUCAUCUUGACUCACUAGCAAACAUAAACAUUCCUGGAGCAGACACGUUGGACAAGCUGUUUGACCAUGCUUUAGCGAAGUUUGGGAAGAAGGACUGUCUUGGGACCAGAGAAAUACUGAGUGAAGAAAAUGAAAUGCAACCAAAUGGAAAAGUGUUCAAAAAGUUAAUUUUAGGAACUUACAGAUGGUUAUCCUAUGAAGAAGUAAAUGAGAAAGUGAAUCGCUUGGGGAGUGGAUUGACUGCCCUGGGACUAACCCCAAAGAGUACCGUUGUCAUAUUCUGUGAGACCCGAGCAGAAUGGAUGAUUGCAGCUCUCGCCUGCUUCAAGUACAACUUCCCUCUUGUUACGUUGUAUGCCACCCUGGGUGAAGAGGCAGUAACCUAUGGUCUCAAUGAGUGUGGAGCAUCAUAUCUGGUCACUAGCGUAGAACUUCUCGAGAGCAAGCUUAAGACUGCAUUGCCACAGGUGUCCUGUCUUAAACAUAUCAUUUAUGUGGACAAGAAGACUAUCAAUAAAUCGGAAUACCCUGAAAAUGUGGAGAUUCAUAGCAUGCAGACAGUAGAAGAGCUGGGAGCCAAACCAGAGAACUCAAGCAUUCUGCCAAGCAGACCUGUUCCUACAGACUUGGCUUUAGUAAUGUACACCAGUGGCUCUACCGGGAGACCUAAAGGAGUGAUGAUGAUGCAUAAAAACUUAAUAGCUGGAAUGACGGGACAGUGUGAGAGAAUACCUGGACUGGGGCCCAAGGAUACUUACAUCGGUUAUUUGCCUCUGGCCCACGUAUUAGAAUUGACAGCAGAAAUUUCUUGCAUCACGUACGGCUGCAGGAUUGGCUAUUCCUCUCCGCUCACACUGUCGGAUCAGUCAAGUAAAAUUAAGAAGGGAAGCAAAGGAGACUGUACUGUACUUAAGCCUACACUGAUGGCAGCUGUGCCUGAAAUAAUGGACAGAAUUUAUAAAAAUGUCAUGAGUAAAGUUCAAGAGAUGAACUAUAUUCAGAGAACUCUGUUCAAGAUAGCCUAUGACUACAAAUUGGAACAAAUCAAGAGGGGGUACGAUGCACCUCUGUGUAAUGUGCUACUGUUUAAAAAAGUAAAGGCACUACUGGGAGGGAACGUCCGUAUGAUGCUUUCUGGAGGAGCACCACUCUCGCCACAAACACAAAGAUUCAUGAACAUCUGUUUUUGCUGUCCUGUUGGUCAAGGCUAUGGACUAACAGAAACAUGUGGAGCUGGAACAAUUACAGAAGUUGCUGAUUACAGCACUGGCAGAGUUGGAGCUCCUCUGAUUUGUUGUGAAAUAAAACUGAGAGACUGGCAAGAAGGGGGUUAUACCAAUAAAGACAAGCCUAAUCCUAGAGGAGAAAUUAUAAUUGGUGGACCUAAUGUCUCAAUGGGAUAUUUUAAAAAUGAAGAGAAGACAACAGAAGAGUUCUCCAUUGAUGAGAAUGGUCAGAGAUGGUUCUGUACGGGAGAUAUAGGAGAAUUUCAUCCGGAUGGGUGUCUGCAGAUUAUAGAUCGUAAGAAAGACUUGGUAAAGCUACAAGCAGGAGAAUAUGUAUCUCUGGGCAAAGUAGAGGCAGCACUGAAGAACUGUCCAUUGAUUGACAAUAUCUGUGCUUACGCCAAAAGCGACCAGUCUUACGUGAUCAGUUUUGUGGUUCCUAACCAGAAGAGGCUGACAGCGUUAGCUGAGCAGAAAGGCAUCAGUGGAACCUGGGUAGAUAUUUGUAACAAUCCUACAAUGGAAGCUGAAAUACUGCGAGAGAUUAAAGAAGUGGCAAACAAGAUGAAAUUAGAAAGGUUUGAAAUACCCAUCAAAGUACGGUUAAGCCCUGAACCAUGGACCCCAGAGACUGGGUUAGUAACAGAUGCUUUCAAGCUGAAAAGAAAAGAACUGAAAAACCAUUACCUCAACGACAUCGAAAGAAUGUAUGGAGGCAAAUAAACAAGUUACGUUGACCAGACGGUUGUGCAGAUGGUUCCUUCUCAUGCCUCAAUUUUGGAUGUCUGUGUAUACUGUAGAUGUCACACAUUCAGAAAAUACCCCAAACGCAUGAAUGUUUCUAUGAUCUCUAUCAAGUACAACAGAGAAUAUCUUAGAGUCCAAAUUCUUAAUUAUUAGCAGAUUAGACACUGAUGGUCUUCAUAGAGGCUCAUGUGAUCAUCUUCAGUUUUGAGACAGGCA